UGGUUGUCUCCCUUCAUGAGUGAUGUUAUACUCGGCCAAAUAAGGUGAAUGAGGUGUCCUUGGAUAGCUUUUGAAGUCUAUUUUUAUAAUUGAGUGGUCUCUGUUCGAGAGGAGAGAGUAAUCAUCCAAAAAUCGAUCUGGAACGAGCAGUGGUCUGUGAACCCGAGCUGUGAGAGUGCUGAGACUGUUUGGUUGAUAUCUCGAGUUUUACCAAUCCAAUUAAGGCGUGUGAGAUACCAAAAGAAAGCUCUCAAGACGAGGAAUCCGUGAAGGUCUGGUUUGCAUCAAUCGGAGUAGAGGAAGGCUUCCAAAUCGCCCGAGCAGAACGCGACCUCGCAGGAACGGAUUUACUCUUCUAAGAAUCGAGUUAGCCGGAAAACACCCGUUCUAGGGGCUGUUUUCGUAUCAACGGUUAGGGGUUGAAUUAGCAACUUGAGGAAGCUGUUUAACACCCAUUUUCAAGCAAGGAACCAGUUCUCAAUCUUCCUUGGCCGAGGCUUUGGUCAUUGGAUCGAGAAGGAAAGUUUUAAAGCUCAUUUGAGGUUGAGGCUAGAGCUUGCUUCCUGUGCUCGUUGCUCGAGUGAUCAUCUAGGAGGGAAGACUUGUUUGAAUAUCAGAAAAUGGCACCAACUGAAGACGAGCUUAAGAAUCCAUUGAUAAAUGCUUUGUAUGCAAACAAGGUCAAUAAGCCUCUCAGAACAAGUCGUCUUACUUUGAAACAUGGGCCAGCAAAACAGAAAAGAAAUGUUUCUGUGGAAGGGAGUAAAGAAGAAAAUGGGAAUGUUCACGAAAAGGAGUCUGAAGCAGCACAGAUUGAUUGCCCUAAUGAAGAAGAUACUGACUUGAAGGAACAAAUUGCCAAGGGUCCAACUGCAAUUGGAUUAAAGAGGUUAAAUAGUUUGAUUAAAAGAAAAAAAACUGCUGGCAACCAAAGCAGAGAUGCAACAAUCAUGCGUAACAUAAUGGCUGCAGUGGUGCUCCAAUCAAAGAAGAUGCAAAAGUUUGAGAGAAGAAUGAAAUCAAUAGAAGAUGGAAUACAAGAAGUUCUGAAAGGGCAAAAGCGGUAGAGAUGCUGAAAGCUUUAAUGCUUCAAAGCACCGGAAAUGCAGAAGGUGAAAGGAGCGAAGAAGAAAUCCAUGUGCAAAUUCAUGAAGCAUCAGGAGGAAUAGAUAAAUCAAUUUUGGUCUCAAAUAUACCAAGUUUUGACCUACAUCUGGAUCUAACACAGAAAGAGAAGGAAAGAACAAUGGAAAAUAAUGAAGCUGGUCUAGGCGGUGAGGAUGAUGCAGAAGGUCUAAGAAGUGAGGAGGCAGAAGGUGGUAUAGGCAGUGAGAUGGCUGAAGGUCUAGGCAUUGAGGAUAAGAAAGAACUUGGAAGUGAGGAUGCAAAUCCCAUAUGUGCCCAAAAAGAGAAUUCAGCAAUCUAUGAAGAUGGCAUGAUACUCACUCCUUCUCAAGCAAGCAUAAACACACAAGAGUUGGAAAUGCAUGUUGACAAUGCCAUUCAUAGUGUCAUUAAGGACUUGAAGCAAACAAAGGAAGAUGAAGCAAUGACUGCUGAUGCUGGUGAUUCAAAAGAAACAGCAACUCUUGAACAAGAUGAAGAACAGAACAUUGAAGCAGACAGUGAAUCACAUAAACGUGAUGAAAUAAAUAAAGAGAAAGGACAACAAGAGAACAUGGAUGCUCACAAUUCUAAAGAUAAGGCUGAACAUAAAGUUCAAAUUGCAGAAGAAGAUAUAAGGUCAUUAAAAGGUCAAAAAGGGCUGCUAGGAGUCCUGAUAGAUACACUCCUAACCCCACAACAGAAAUGAAGAAAAGGAAAAUGGAAAAGGCAUUAAAAAAAUUGAAUGAAACACAAGUUUCUGAGAAGAGUACAUUUGAAGGACCAUUCAGUGAGGACCCAAAGCAAAUGCCACCUACAGAGGACUUGGAUAAGGUAAAAGAAUUUGUGAAGGAGGGCCUGGUAAAAAACCAUUCAAGUAAUGUCCCCAAAAAGUACAAAAAAAAACAUGAAGAAAUAGUUGAAUGCAAGUUUGGUAUACAAUUAGAUCAUUUCAUCAUACCAACAAAGACAUGGAUUUAUGACCUCUUCACAAAUGAACGUUGGUUGUCUGACAUGCAUAUUGCAGUGGCAUUUUAUUACCUAGGAGUGAAAAGAAAACAGUACCAAAUCAAGCAAAAAUAUGCCACAACAGACCCAUUAUUUGUUGGGGUGAUGAAGUUGAAGUGUGAAAUGGUCACUAAUGACAAAACAACAAUGACUGAGGCAGCUUCUAAUGGAAACAUAAUGAACACAAUGCUUGGGUCAAAUGGGUUGCCAUGGGCAGAAGCUGACUUUGUAUACAUGCCACUGAACAUAGGGAUGCACUGGAUACUCUUGGUGUUGGACAUUAAUGGAAAAUGUAUCAGAGUCUAUGACUCCCUAAAGAGAAGAGGAGAUUCCUUGGCAACGAUUAGGGCAUUCCUUCCUUGCUUGGAGACCUUCUUACCAAGAGUAAUGGAGAGGUUGGGAGUUUAUGACAAAAGACCGAAUGCACAAAUUGGAAAGGGCAAAAUUCGUGUAGAUAUAGUCCGUAAUUGUCCACAACAAGAUGAUGGGGGCAACUGUGGUGUCUUUAUUAUCAAAUUUGCUGAGUUUCUCAUGAUGGACAAAGAUGUGAGUGAAGUUUCGAAGCAAGACAUAGAGAUGUACCGACAAAAGAUGACGACAGAGCUACUGAUGUAUGCAUCAUGAAGGCAGUAGUUGGACUUGAUGAUUUGUAAUAAAUAUUUUGUUGGGAACAAAUAUAUUUCUGAAAAUUCUUUGUUUUGGUCAUUAAGUAUUGUUACUAAGUAUUCAAGACAGUUGGGUUGACUAUGUGUAAUCUACAUUUUUAGCACCAUAUGUGAUGCUUGUUCGC